CUAACUCAUAUAGUAAUUAUGUUUUAAUAACUUAAAAUUAUAUGAAACAUUCCUAGGAAAUGGACCGUUCACCGAUUUUGAUGUGUUAUACAUCAUUAAAUUCGUGUUUUUGAGUACAUUAUUGAGGUGUUUGUAUUUUUUUGCGGAAAUUCGUGUGUUCUCUUGAAAUUUGCUGAGAAGUUUCGAAAAAAAUGUAUGAUUAAGUAUGUUUUCGAUACAUUUAUGAAUGGAAACAAAUGAUUGUCGGUACAUUCAGUCCACAUUAUUUGAAUUCUAUUUUUCAAAUUCCUGCAGGAUAAGGUUUAAAAAAAAAAUUAAUUGUCCAUAAUGUGGCAAUGCAAUGGGAAUGAAGAAUGAAAAGUGGAUAUGCAUGUAGACUGCAAAUGUAGUUAUACAAAUGUAGACUGACUAUUACAGGAUAUAUGUAGAAAUCUUAAUGAGAACAAAGGUUUCUGAUGUCAGAAGUUGAAUAAAAUAAGGCAGAACCCAUUACGUAGAAAGACAAUGAGUAUUUGGUAGAAGUAAAGGAAAAAGUAUGAAGAUAUUUUUGAUACCUGUUGAAAACAUAGAUACUAAAACCAUAAUUAUUGUUAUAAAUGAGUGGAUUAAGCCAAGCACUGCUAUAAUAUCCUACAGUUGGAAGGCCUAUGAUGCAUCUGAAAAAGAAGAUUUUUAAACAUUUACAAUUAAGGAAACCUCCAUUGGAAGACAUAUUAGAUAAUACUUUCUUUAGUGCGGAAAGAUUAGAAAAGGAAAGUGUUAUGUAUAGAAUUAUGAAUGGAAAUUUCAUUGAUCCAUUUAAAGGUAUUGAAGAAGACUAUAACAAUGUUGACAUUAAUUUAAUAAAGAGUAUAGAUCCUGAACUAAAUAAAGAGGAUACAGAUAAUGAAAUUACAACAAAUGACACAAAAAAGGAAAGUCAAUUACAACAAAAAAAAGAUGUCAAACCUAAUGUACCUGGUAUAACUAAACCAAUAUUUAGGUUCCCUAAAAAAUCAAAAUUAAAUGCAGCGCAACAUGCAAUGUGUUUAAGAGUUUUGUUGAGAUUUUCAGAAGCUGAUAAGCCAAAGUUAACUCCAAUAGAAAGAGAAGAAUUACAAACUUAUUUAAAUUUACAACAUAUAAUAUCUCAAGAACAAGAUGAGUUUAUAGAAUUUGCCAAGAGCAAGUGGCAUGAAAGGUCAUUUAAAAUUACAUGUGAAGAUUAUGUAAAUUUACGUUGGAAAUCAAAAUUACGAUAUAUUUAUAAAUUACCUAGAUAUUAUAGUGAAGUUACAAAUGUUCCCUUUAUAGCAAAUAAAAAUAUUGAAGUGAAAUUUAUUUCUCUCUGUUUACAAAUGGGUGAGUUCCCAAAAAUAAUACUACCAUCUUCUAUGAAACCAUACAAGUUGUGUGUUACUUCUCAACAAUUAAGAAAGAGAUUUCCUCCUGAGAAAAACCUUUGCAGUGAAUCAUCAGUUCCUUUUAAACUACCAGUAAGUGAAGAUCCAAAUUGUCAAGAAUUGACUGGCAAUAAUAAUGUAGAUUUAGUAAUUUCAUCCAGUGGUCUUAAUUGUUUGGUAAAUAACAUUGACCCAAGUUAUUCAAAUUCCUGGAUUUUACCUCUAGUUAUGAAAAGGCAUAAUGAUAAAAAUACUAUCUAUAUAGACAAGCCACCACCACCAAUUGCAAGUAAUGUUCCAGAUAAAAAUAAUUGGGUAUAUAAGUAUAUCCUUAGAUAUUUUCUUAUUGAUGCAAAACAUCAAACUACAGAAAGUAUUGAAGGAUAUGACAACAAUGUAUUUAAUAAUAUUAAUUGUGAAGAGCUACUAAAAUUUGAAGAAUAUGAAAAUAAUUUAACGCAAAUUUAUAGUACAUUAUGUUCAAGGGUAGUAGAGAAAGAUAAUAAUAUUAAAGAUGCUUCAAAAGAACCAGAAUAUAAAAACGACAUAGAUUCCUUGAAAAAUAUGUCGGAUUGUAAAACACAUUCAAGUACUACUGCACACUGUAAUACUUCACAUUUUAUAUCAAAUAGUCAAGAUACUCAAAAUAAAACUUUUAAAACCAACUUAAAAGGUAAUAUAUCUUAUAAACUAUUUACUAUUGGACCACAAUUAUCGGAGCAAAAUGGAUUAAUGAAAAAUGUUGCCAAAGAAUACAGAAUGUUAGUCCGAACAAAAACAGAUGGAUUUGAGAUCUUAGAAAAUAAAGUACAGAGGUUGUUAAUGUUAACACCUAAAUUAGAAUACCAAGCCGAUCUUGGUGCUGAAGCUGUAACAUUAGAAGAAUCAUUAAAACAAUGGGUAUCCCUCAUUUUUAGACCUCAUACAUCUCUUGCACGAGUUCGAAUAUCAGCAAAAACAUCAGAAAUAUUACAAGUCGAGCAUCGUACAGCGAUGUCUAUAAACAAUGAAAUUAAACGACUGUAUAAUAUUAAAGUUGACAACUCUUUAACAAUUUUACAUAAUAUAAUUCAAUACCUCCAAAAUUUGGCUCCGGGACGUUAUAUCAUGAGGCAUACAGUAAGAAAUGGGGCAUUUGCUACUAUUUAUAAAGAAGUAGAAAAUACAGGAAAGAAUAUCUUUGAUUUGCAUACAAUGUAUGGUGAAGAAUUCUUUAAUUUACCUAAUACUGCCUGGAUUCCAUUGGAUAAAACAAUACCAACUCCAAUGCAUAAAUUCUUUGAGAGAAUGCCAGCUAUGUUUUCCCCGUUAAAUAAUACAAAUUUUACUAACAAUAAGAAGACCUCUGAAGUAAAACAGACUAACACAAGGGCAGUACGUAGAAGUUUAAGAAAUAAACAGAAAAAAAUUAUGUUUCAUGAUGAUGUUCAAUAGCUAAUUUACAUGUAAACACAAAAUAUACUUUCAAGAUUAUUAAUUUAAAAAUAAUUUAUAUAAAAACACUUAUUACUAUGGUCAAAAACAGACACUAGAUUAGCGGAAGUCCGAUUCCUCGAACCAACAUUUUGAUUGAAUUUAACUUACUACUGUAAUAUGUAAAAUAGAUAUCCUAUAAAUUAUGAAUGAUUUGUAAUAUUAAAUGUACAAAUAAGUAA